AUGGCUGGUUUAUCUAGUUUUAUCUAUGGAGGUGAUGAAAGUGUUGAUCCUUUUGGUUCCAAUAAUUCAACGACUGACCCUUUUGGUGCUUCUUUGAACAGUGUUGAUCCGUUUGCUAUUCCUGUUCCAUCACAACCUAAUGUCCAGUCAUUUGAUCCAUUCGCUAACUCAAAUAAUACGAAUGACUCUAUACCACCACCAGUAUCUUUCCAAUUACAACCAUCUUCUAUACCGCCAGUAGCAAUACCAACAAUAUCUAGUGAAACAUCAGAUAAAGAUGAUAAAAAAGAUAUUAAUGAAGAUUCUCCUGUUGAAGAAGACGAAUUAAAAACAGAAUUUAAUAUUGAACCUAAGAAAUCACCAAGAAUCGCUAUUGACAUUGAAGAAAAUAAACCAAAUCAAAAAGAAGAAACAACUGAAGAACAACCCCAACAAACAAAAGAACAAAAUCAAGAUGUUAUGAUUACAGAAGUUGAAGAUCAAGCAAAUCAAAAAGUGAUUAAUUAUUUUCAAAAAGCAUUUUCAACAACAUUUGUCCCUCAGUUAAAAGAAACAGAAACAGAAGUAAAUGAACUUAUUCAAAUUCAAGGAUUGUUAGAUAAUCAAUUAAAAGUAUUAUAUGACAAACUUAAAGAAAUGGAACGUAUUCUCUCACCACCAUCAUAUAUCGAGGAUUUAAAUAGAAUUAUAAAAAUUCAAAAAAGAAUUGAUAGAGUUAAUGCAGUAUUAACUCAAAUAGAGACAAGAAUUACAGUGUUAAUGAGUUCAAGAAUCUAUAUGAAAUAUAGUUCACAAAUAACAAUUACUAACUAA